AUGUCACCAUUGAUUCGUUUAUUACGCAUUGUUGAUUCUGAUGAAAAACCAGCUAUGGGUUAUGUAUAUGAUGGCAUGUAUAGAGUAAUUGAUGGAAUUAAAAAAAAUUUCAAGGACAAGAAGAGACUAUGGGAGCCUUAUGUUAAUAUUAUCAAGGAUCGUUGGGAUAAUCAAUUCUAUAGAGAUAUUCAUGCUGCUGCUUAUUGGUUGAAUCCUGCAUUCCAAUAUGACACAUCCACUCUUAAUAAGAGGCUAAAGACACAAUCUACUGUGAUAGAUGUUAUUGAAUCAAAAGUUUCAGUUGGUCGGUUGGAGUUGGUGGAGGAAUUAAGGCUAUUUCGAGAGCGUGAACAAACUUUUGGAACCCAACUUGCUCAAGAAUCAGCUAGGACAUCUCAGCCGGAUGAGUGGUGGAAGUUGUUUGGAUCUUGUGCUCCAACCUUACAAAAGUUUGCAAUUCGAAUCCUUAGCCAAACAGCUCUCUCUUCGGGAUGUGAGCGGAAUUGGAGUGCUUUUGAACAAAUACAUACCAAAAGAAGAAAUAGAUUGGAGCAUCAACGACUUAAUGAUCUUAUGUUUGUUCAUUAUAACUACCGAUUAAAAGAAAUAGUCAAAAGGAAGAAGGUCAAUUUUGAUCCUAUUGAUUAUGCAAGUAUCAAUAAAACUGAAUUUUGGGUAGUGGAAGAUGAGGAACCUCCAUUUCUUGAUCAUGAGGAGAUAGAAAAUGCAUUAUAUGAAGAGGGAGCCUAUCCAAUUGAAGAAGGGUCUUCUAGCCAUGUACAAAGAGAUAUGGACAAUGAAGUGAUUGAGGAUGAUGAUGAUGACAUUAAUUUGGAAUCAUUUGGUGAUGAAGAUGAUGCUCCUCCCGGAUUUAGAGAUAAAAAUCAUCCUAUUCAUGUUGAAGAUGAAGAAGAUGAAGAUGAGGAUGAUGAUAAUGAAGCUAGUGGUGGAGCAUUUGGUUCACAUGAUGAUAUUGAUUUCAAUUUUCUUCAUAACAAAUGA